AUGAGUUACAUGUCGGCCGACUCGCCGCGGCCGAGCGCCACUGCCCACGUCGACGCGCUCGUGCAGGAGACGUCACAGGCCGUCGCGCAGUUCCACCAGGUGACGCGCACGAUCGCGCAGAAGCUGACGCUCUUUGGGACGCCGCAGGACUCGCGCGCGACGCACGCGCAGCUCGCGGAGCUCACGCAGCGCGGGAACAAACUCGUGGCGCAGAUCAAUCGCCGCCUUGUGGAGCUGACGGACGGCGUGAAGAGCGCCGGCGGCCGCGCGCGCCGGACGCAGGUGGCCAAGUUGUCGAGCGACUACAAGCGGCAGCUGCAGAGCUUCGAGGCGACGUGCGCGCAGCUGUUGGCGGCCGAGCGCGCGGCGGUGGCGCACCUGCGGCGGUCGUCGCUGUCGUUUCGCUCGGACGACAACGAGCGACGCCCGACGGAGGGCUUUGACGGCUACAACGAGGACCAGCUCUACGCGCAGGCGAACGUCGUGCGCUACAACGAAGACGAUUUGGUGCGACGAGAAGAGGAUAUUAUGAAGAUUAAUCAGCAGCUGCAAGAGGUCAAUGCCGCGUACCGGGAGGUGGACGGACUCGUGCAGGAUCAAGGAGAGAUUGUCGUGGACAUUGAGGACAAUACGAGCGCGGCGCAGGAGAACGCGCAGGGCGCGUUGGGCAAUGUGCGGGAAGCGAACCGCAAGAAGCGAUGCUGCGAGUGUUCGCAGACGAAAUUAAUCUGCGUCGGUCUCUUUGUCCUCGUGGUGAUUGUCGCGAUCAUUGCGAUCAUUGUGGCGGUCCGAUAA